AUGUGCAAGCAGGACCUCAUGCAAGUCAGCAACAGUGUGGGCAUCCCGUCAAAAGAAAAGAAAGAUAGACCCCAGGGUUCCUGUGCCAACAUACCAGUACCUCCUCCACAAUUGAGCAUAGAAGAAGCACAUCAAUCUGGCAGUGAGAGUGAGCCUGCACUGAUGCAUGCCGCUGACUCUCAUCAUCAUGCAAGCUGGCCGCUGGUCAUGUAUGAGGCUUGGGUUAUAAUGGCAAUACGCACCGGGAGAGACAGCAGGCUUGAUGGAGUCUACAAGCAGCUCUUGCAGGUGGAGAACGAGCUUGAUGUUGUUCGGAGAGAGUAUCAGACACUGGAAGGAUGGUGUGACACAUUGGUUGCCACUCUCAUACAGCACAACAUUACGGUGCCAGAGUAUCCUCCAAGCCAAGCGCAAACAGGUUCUGCUUGGACGCAAAAGCGGGGAGCGGGAGGUAAAUGGCUGCUGGAGGGUGUUGAGUGCAGCAUGUCCGGUCUGGACGACAGCCUCUACUGUCCGCGCAUGGAGGACGCAUGCUAUCACAUGCGGGACGACGAGCAUGGGAGCGGGAUGUUCAAGACCACGCCACACCAGAUGUUCCGGCACCAUGGUGUCAUCAAGGGCCUCCUCAUGUCUCAAGUCUGCCACUCAGGAUGUCAAGAGCAUAUAGUACAUGCGGAGGCACUCCGUCACGUCUGCGACCCACUGGCUGCACUCGUGCUCACCCACCUUGGUUUUACAGCCUAUCUCAUAGUCUGA